GUGCGCGCGCGCGCGCGUGCGCCAGUCCAGCCAGCCAGCCCACAGAUAACGGGCGGGAUGGAGCGAAGUUUUCUACUCGUAGUUGAGGCUGACUCAACUGUCCCCUGUCCGUAGCUCCGUCCGUCCCGCCCGUCGUUCUGCUCGUUUGCCCGGUCGGAGGGGUUCAUGACUGUUCCGGUAGGUGACACUGACGCCCUGGUGCUCGUCAUGCCCGUCCGAGCGGAGUGCUGCGUUAGGGCGACGGCCUGCUCGUCCUCGGCCUCGCUUACUCCCCCCGCCCCGAUCAACACUCGCCAGCCCGGGGUGGCCACUUCGUUCCUCUACAGCGGCUCGCAGUUUCGGGGAUUCCAGAAGAGCAAAGGAAACUCGUACGACGUCGAGGUAGUUUUUCAGCAUGUGACUGUGGAGGACUCCUAUCUGUGUGGAUACCUCAAAAUCAAAGGUUUGACAGAGGAGUAUCCCACACUAACAACAUUCUUUGCUGGUGAAAUCAUUAGUAAAAAGAGGCCAUUUUUAACUAGGAAGUGGGAUGCAGAUGAGGAUGUGGACAGAAAACACUGGGGCAAGUUUCACUCAUUUAAUAAAUACACCAAAAGCUUCAACUCUGAUGACUUUGACUACGAGGUGCUUAACAACAGCGACUACAUCUUUAUGAGGUGGAAGGAGCAGUUUCUAGUUCCAGACCACACUAUCAAAGACAUCAGCGGUGCCUCCUUUGCUGGUUUCUACUACAUCUGCUUCCAAAAGUCCACUGCCACCAUCGAGGGCUACUACUAUCAUCGAAGUUCUGAAUGGUACCAGUCUUUAAACCUCAACCAUAUUGAAGAACACAGUAUGCCCAUUUAUGAAUUCCGGUGACGGCUGCACGCUAGCUGAGGUGGGGACAGUUGUCAUCGCUCUAAAGACAAAUGGGAUGGAGGAGGUUGACGGCUCAUUCAUGCCAAGAAUGGAAUGUAACCAUUUUCCCCCCCACAGAAGAGAAAUGUGGGCAAACACCCAGUGGUAGAAGAAAGGUUGGGCAGUGAAAGGGAAAUAAAAAGGAGACGAUGUGUGACAAUGUGUCCCGGUGCAUUCUAGGAUGUAUCUUCGAAUCAACAAUCGAACAAUUCUUGGAAGUCAUCAUAAACCUGGUGUUGCAUUUAAUGGAAGAUGUGAUAUAUAGUUCCCCUUCUCUCAUUCGCUCUUUGUCAUGCUUCCUACUCCUUGCCCUCCUCGGAGAAUUUCUGCCCAUCGGUGGAAAUCAAAAAUAUUUUCCUCUUCUCCCUCAGUGGGAAAUUCCAGACCUCCAAUUAUCUUUGCCUUUCGGUUCCAGUUGAUCUGUUCAGACAGGCAAGUAUAACUAAAGUAAAUACUAAUGUGUUUGUUUUUAUUUUUCAACGAGCUCAAGUCAUGAUCCAAGGGUUGAUGGAGAUAGACGGUGCAGGUUUUGACUAAAAGGCUUUAAGUAAGAAGAUGAUCACCAGUGAUCUGCUUGUUGUGUACGGUCUGAAAGAUGCAGCCUCUUGGUCAGGCAUGUCAGCUUAUUGUCAAUCAUUUCGAAUAUCCACCGCAUUGCAUAAUGUGACGUGGAGCUGGAAUUCAGUACUGCGUUCUUUUCAUAAUUCACAGUGCUUCGGCCUACAGUUAGCCUGCGUGUUCCCCCAAGUUAGCAGAGUUCUCACAUUGCUAUACUUGGUCAGUUUAUUUAGUGUGCGACCUCGGCAUAGUUCACUUGUAUCUAAUUAUUAAGCUGCUUCUCCCACCCCCCCCCCCCAACAACCUUGUAACAUUUCUAUGCAAGCACAGAGUCCCCCUCCCGCCAGUGUUUUGAGCAUGAGUUUUCAGUAUAUUUUUUUAGAUGAGGUUUGAAAGUGAACAUCCGUCAGAUUAUAUUGAGGGAUGCAUUAGCUAAAGCGUUCAGUUUUUGAAAAUGCAUAAUGUGAGCAACAAUAUGAGAUAUUGUUUGUGUCAUUGGCCAGCGUUUAAAGCUCUCCGAUAUGUGCACGCUAAUUGAGACGCGAGUUUGAAAAUUGUUAGCACUCCCACAACGGGUGUGUGGAAAUGUUAGAUCAAAACGCAGCAUGUGCAUCAUACAUAAUUGGUACAUGGGCGUUUUUGUUAUUGAACUGGUGGAGUGGGAAGAUGUACAUUUCAAGUAAACCCCGAGUCUACAUCGCUCAUUAUGGGGGUCACAGUGAUGCUGCAGCUCUUCACCGAUGUAAUCUCAUUUCUUUUAUCUGCAUUAAAUUCAGUUUCCUCCCACCAUCAAAAGACACAUAUAGGAUAACACUCCUGUCUGUGCCCCUGACCGAGGCAUGGCGAGACGUGGAGCUGGUCUGCGGGCGCUGCACAGCGGCUGCCCGCUGCUCCUAGCUGCAGUGUGUGUGUUGGAAUUGGUUUAAUAAAGUACAUCUUAUCUGAAAUUCAUCCUCUUUCAAGGCCUGGAAGCGGUUGAAUGUGUGACAGAUGAACUUAAGAUACUUGUACUGCAUGGGUCCCAUAGUUCCAAAAUACAGCUACUAACAAAUGCACAACAGGUGGAGUUUACACCUGGAGCUUAAUGAGAUGCUUUCCAUGUAUCUUAAUGUAAAUAUUUUCUUAACGGAGAGAAAUACAUAGAAUUGCACCUUUUGUGACAUGUGAAGAAAAGUGGCCCGAGGGUCAAAGGAAUACAAACCCAUCUUUUGAUGCUUUAGGGAAAAAAAAACCUGUUGCCUUAAAAUGUAAAAUAUUUGUACAAAGCACCAUUUAAAAAAAAAAAAAAGUGAUUUGGAAACUAUAAUUUCUGAAGUGUGUGAAUGCGUUAGGUGUCCUUUCGGAGAAAUGGUGCAAGAAAGAGGGCCAGCACACAAACAGAGAGGAGUUCUCAGCUAGAAAUUGUCUACAGCCUUCCAUCUGGUCUUUGUUGGUUACACCAGUGUGGAUAUAGACCUUAAGCCGGUUAGAGGAGCCUGCUGCAUGGCAAGCGGACUUCGUAGAUGGAAAAGCACGGGGGCUUUUGCACAAAGGCGUGAGGACUUUUAUUUUUUUUAAGAAUUCAUGAAUAUCACUUGUAUUGAAGAUUGUACAAUCUGGAUGGCUUCAAAAGAUUGUCCAGUAAUCAUUAAAUGGGAUACAGAAAUUGUGCAAUGAAGACGACGUUUUGUGUAUAAGGGAGCGUGUCAUAAAAUCUAUUAAAUACACCCCUCGAAUAGGUGUCGGGUAAAUGUAGAUGUAUAACGAAUCUGAUGAGUUGGUGUGCUCGGAAAUGAAAAAUAAAGAUUCAACUAUUGUUUCAUACA